UUAGCGUGAGAGGCUGGCCAAUCCAGGAUGCCAGGGCUGUGGAUACUGCUGCACACGCUGAUCUACAUGAUGGCUGGGCCGAAAAGUUUGGUUAGCAGCAGCGAUAUCUGGCCGCUGGAGAGGCCAGAAGGUAUGCCGGCCAUCCAGUCUCUCGAAGUGAUGUGUGGCAAAGAUCAUAUGGACGUACACCUGUCCUUUUCGCAACCCUUCGAAGGUAUCGUCUCAUCGAAGGGCCAGCACUCCGAUCCACGCUGCGUCUACGUGCCACCGUCCACUGGACAGACCUUUUUCUCCUUUAGAAUAGCUUACGCCAGGUGUGGCACGAAGCCAGAUAUGCACGGCCAGUUUUAUGAAAAUACUGUUGUCGUGCAAUACGAUAAGGAUCUGCUAGAGGUAUGGGACGAGGCGAAGAGGCUGCGCUGCGAGUGGUUUAACGAUUAUGAGAAAACGGCGUCUAAGCCGCCCAUGGUGAUUGCUGACCUCGACGUUAUACAACUCGACUUCAGGGGGGACAACGUGGACUGCUGGAUGGAGAUACAACACGGCAAAGGACCAUGGGCGCCACCGGUCUCGGGAAUCGUGCCAUUGGGCUCGACGCUAACACUGGUCGUCGCGAUAAACGAUUACCGAGGUAACGAGCCGCGCCACAGCAAAGUGCAAGGUGAAUUCGACAUGCGGGUCAAGUCGUGCGUCGCCUCGGACGGUGCUGGGCAUACCAUACAGCUGAGCGACGAGUUCGGCUGCGUGCUCAGGCCCAAGAUGAUCAGUCGCUUCCUCAAGGCGAGGGGCUCCGACGAUCGCGCCACUGUCAUCACGUACGCCUUCUUUCACGCCUUCAAGUUUCCUGAUGCGCUUAGCGUUCACAUCAAGUGCAAGGUGGAGAUCUGCCGGCACGGUUGCCUGGACCAUUGCCAGACACCUGGCGUCGGCGUUGCCAGUGGCGAAGCGUUAGGCCACUACGUGCAGGAACGCAACGACGUGAACGUGCAGUUGCCGCAGCAGCCAGCCGCUUACGUCGAGCCCGACAUGUCGGUGAGUAGUGCGAGACCGAGCGCCGACGACGGAACCUCAUACGACGACGACAUCGUCUCGUCGUUGGCCAGCCACUUCUUGGGCCUCGAGAAAUCUGCCGCGCCCAAAGCUCAAGCUCAGCAGCAACAGCAGCAGCAGCAGCAGCAGUCGCCGAGCACGUCGACUUUCGAGCCGACUCUGGACUCCUCUGACGAUCCGCUACUGUCGCAGCCAUUCUUGUCGGUACAACCAGCUCGAGUAACACGCUAUCAACCCCAAGAGCACUUCCCGCACGGGCCGCGCAACCUCGAGCAAGACGACACGAGUGAACUACGACAAGGCAAGUCGAGAGAACCGACGAAUGAAGAAGCCGACAACGACAAGCCAAGCAAUGACGACACAACUGUCAACAAGACAAAGCCAUUGAACAAGUCGACGACAACGGCAAACAGGAGAAAACGUUCAUUGGUAGUGUCCGACCGGAAAGUCCGUAACGCCGACGUCGGCGUAUCCGGCAUCUAUGAGGUCAUCUCGGAAGCCGAUCUUGCUUUCAGUCCUGAUAGUCAUGCCGAAGCUGUCACUGUCUUCCAGGGCCGCAUACGCGAAGAAGUGGUGUACGGUAUUUGCUUACCGCUUAGUGGCUUUAGCGCUCUCUUCGUCGUGGUAGCCUUAUCGGCAAUAGUCUCAGCAUUGAUUGCCGGAGCAAUGGUGCAUCGACUGCAAGUCCAACGUGAAUUAGCACGCAACGCACGUAAAAAUAUGCCGGCGAGUCUAGCGGCGAUCGGACGUCGAAAUUCAGCCCAACAGCACCAUCACCAUCAGCAGUCGGGAUGGCUACAAGCUUACGGACUUUUUCGCGCGAGGUGUGCACAGCAGAGAGUCUCGGAUAACAGGACGUCGGAUAAUUGA